AUGAUGCGAGAGUUGGGCUUAGAUUUUUACAGGUUUUCCUUAUCAUGGACGAGAAUCCUACCUACCAGCUUCCCCGAUAAAAUUAACGAAGCCGGGGUCCAGUACUAUAACAAUUUGAUCGACGAAAUGCUGAAAUACAAUAUUGAACCGAUGGUAACACUUUACCAUUGGGACUUGCCGCAAAAAUUACAAGAGAUGGGUGGCUGGACCAACCCACAUAUAGUAGACUGGUUUGCAGACUACGCAUACGUUGCCUUUGAGUUGUUUGGUGACAGGGUUAAGUAUUGGAUUACCAUCAACGAACCGCAUCAGAUUUGCUACUAUGGUUAUGGAGUCAAUGAGUUAGCUCCCGCUCUUAAUAUAAAGGGUGUAGCAGAAUACUUGUGUGCUAAAAACUUGCUCUUAGCUCAUGCUAAAGCGUACCACAUUUACGAUGAAAAUUUCCGUUCGAAACAGGGCGGUUCGAUUUUUAUCUCAUUGAGUGCUCAAUGGUAUGACGCAGAGUACGAAGAGUUUGCUGUUGCCGCCAAACAAACUAAUGAUUUCACGUCUGUCCCGUGGGGAUUCCACAAGCUAUUGACGCGAAUAAGAGAGGAUUACGACAACCCCGCAGUUCUUGUUACUGAAAAUGGAUUUGCAACUUACGUUGGCUUGGAAGACGAGGACCGAGUUACCUACUAUAAGUAUUACCUUGAUGCUAUGCUGGCCGCUAUUGAAGACGGAUCGGACAUCCGAGGUUACACCGCGUGGAGCCUCAUGGACAAUUUCGAAUGGAAAGCUGGAUACACGCAGCGUUUCGGCCUGUACGAAGUAAAUUACACGAGUCCGGAGCGGACUCGAACGCCACGCAAGUCCGCCUUCGUGUACAAGCAAAUAGUGCGUUCUCGCCAACUCGACUUGCACUACGAGCCAGACACUGACGUCAUGACCAUCGACGACGGACAU